UGCCUUUCCGGUUUCCUUUAAUGCUUAUUGCCGCCUUGCUGUGAAUCUGUGAUUGUGAAUGCUCAAUGCGAGUAUGCGAUAAUGCUGUCUUUCUGUCUUUCAUGAUUUCAUUGUUGUCAAUUGUCGAAAACUCGAAAUUGUCUAAUUGUGAUUUGUGAAUGUUAUUGAAAUUGUCUAAUUGUAAUUUGUGAAUGUUGUGAUUGUUGUCGAAAUUCAGAAAUUGUCUAAUUGACUAAUUGUGACUGACUGAAUGUUGUCUUUUAGUUUUAGUCUAAUUGCAUUUGUUGUCUUGUUGAAUUGCUGCCAAGUGCCUUGCUGCCUUGCUGCCUGUGGCCUUGAGUGCCUGACUAAGUGACUAGUGCCUUGCUGCCUUUAUUGUCGUAUUGAGUUAUUGGUAAAUGAUAAUUGCUAAUUUGAUUGGGAAUUUGAGAUAUAAUGAUAUAUAAUGUAAAAUUGUAGAUUGUGCCAUUGUGGUAUAGUGAUAUAUAAUGAAUUUGAGAUAUACUCGAAAAAUGCUUCUGUAGUUUUAUUUUUUCAUUUUUCUAUGUGUAAUCUAUUUGUAAUCCAUAAUAUGAACUUAUGUACUUAAUUUUUUAUUAUUAUAUUUUCAUCCCUUUGUUAAUUUUGAUUUUGAACUUCUGAAGUUUCGAACCCACACUUCGCAAAUCCUAGAGACGCCACUGUUUACUAGAUCAGAUUUCAUGUGAAUAUUUCAAUUUCAUGCUUAGCUUAUCAAUGCAUAAUAUAAAAAGGAAUUUAAAAGAUAGAUGAUAGAAUGAAUAUACAAGUGUAUAAUACCUUCCAUAGAAGGGAUGUGGUGGUUGAUUAACAUAAAAUUAACGCCAGCAUCACGAAGAGCAUGAAUGAUCUCAUUCAAGCAUUUCGCGAGUACUUCCUUAUCAAUCACAUUUGAAUUAUUUAGAUUUUGGAGAGCACAAAAUAAACUCCCACUUAAUUUUGAUAACAUUAUUAUUGCACUUGCUUGUUUGUUUCAAACUCCAAAAUUCCUAGUGUUUUUGACGGGUAAACACUAGUUUACUCCUCUUUAUCAAAUUAUGUGAAACUACAUAACUUGACGUGUAUCCCAUUGUUCUAAGAGUAUAGAUCGUUACAACUUAAUAUACUACGUAAUAAUAAUACUCCAGUAAUGCUAUAUACGGAGUACGUAGUAUAUAUAUUCUAAUUUUCUGACAAAAUUAUCUUUCUAUAAUCUCUAUAUGACUCUAUUUAUGAUUUUAUGUUAUGCUUAAUCCCUUAUUAUAGAAAGGGGUUAUAGAAAUUCGUCCAAGUCAAAGAGAUAAAUUUCGAAGCAUACUUAAAUUUCAAAUGAAGAUAUAUCUCCCGUGAAAAAAAUAAAAAAAUAAAAAAUCUUCAUCUUUUUCUUCCCCGUUGGAGUUUUUCACUUCAGUCAUCCCCUCUCUCACUUUACUCCAAUUGAAGCGCGCACUCUAAAUUCUCCAUUGAAGCGGCUUCUAAGCUUUUCUUCUUCAUCGAAGCAGUUUCUGAGGCAAUCUGAACAGGAGAUGAAUGGGGGUUCGUCCACACACCGAGAACUCGAACGCCAGAUUGGUGCAAUCAAGGCUGUUUCUGAAAUGGAAGUUGAACAUCUCCUUACCGAGUUGCGAUUGGUUCGUUCAUAUUUCAAUGAGGAACAGUUGCAAAAACCUGCCCUGGAGUUUUUUAGGGAAAAUCUUCCUAAUGUUUCAGUAGUUAGAAAUGAUGAGGAUGAGCAUUUUGAUCUAAGAUGGAAAGAUGAUGAUGGUAAUUUGUCCAUGUAUAACCCUAGUGGUAGAGAUAUUCAUGCCUCCCUCUUCCAACACAUGGGUAUGGCUUAUCCUGCCUAUUCUGAUGCAAGGCAGUCUUUUGGUGGAUUUCAGUUUUCGGGCAAGGCUAUGAAAAGCCUUGUGGGUGUUGAUGAUCUGCAGAUGGGGACAUACUUGUCUCAAGAGUCACUUAAUAACAUGAUGCUUGGGAUGCCAGAAGGUCUUCAAACUCCUGGGGCUGAAAGCCAGAGAUUGUCUGUGGGGAUGACACCUAAAACCCGUAGAUUGCCUAAACUUGGGGAGAUGCUUCUUUCUGUACAUGGAUCCCCCCUCGGUGUCUACAAAGAAGAUAACAUGGAAGCUAUACGCGAGUCAGAAGAAGGCUGACUUAUAUUUGUUCUUUGUUCUUCAUCCAGAAGAUAUAGAAGUGCUUUAUAUUACUACUGGAAGUUGUGCUUUCCAGCAUUGACAUAAAGCAGCACUAAUCUCCUAAUUAUGGCUAUGCAAUGAAGUUUCAGUUUAUUUACCAUUUGUCAAUGAAUUUAUUCAUCCAAUGCUUGAUUGUAAAAAAUAUAUCCUAAGCAGGUCUAGUUCUGUAAUCCACCUUAAGUGUUGUAAUAGUGUAUGGUACUAUGGUAUACUUUGUAUCCGUUCAGAUUAAUGAAUCAAGUUUUUUCCCUCUGCAA